ACUCUGGCAUGUGGGGUUAUUUAAAUUCAAUGUCACAUUUUGCCUUUAAUAUGUAUAUUUAUGGGGAAGAGAUGGUUGUACUGAAACCAACAGCAUAUGAGCCAACCAGUGGGAUCCGUACCUAUCAAUUAUGUUAAACGUCACCAUCAUCAAAAGAAAGGAGAGUGGUUUUUAUCACUCGGUUCGAUAACGCGACAGUGCUCGAGAAAAGUCAAAAUAAUUGUGGUUCGAGAUUGAGCGAAGUGUCUAGAAAACAAUGAGGCUUUGCAAUAAUAGGUACAUUUUUUACAACACAGUGUAUGAUCCCCAAUGAAAAUCCUGUAAUCUCAUUACAGCACCAUGUUAUGGUUUGGAAUUAUUAAUUUUUAGAUUUUUUUUUAUUCACUUAUCGGAUACUUACACAAUAUGCACUUUUUUAUUUUACUACAUAGCUGGAUGAAUUGAAAAAUUUAUAGAAUUUUUUUCUCUAUGUUUACUUUUAUGAACUGUUUACACACAUCACAAUGACUAUACCCACAAGAAUAUCCCAAAAACCAAAAAAGGUUUUAGACCGCUAUUGGAAUUUUUUCAUAACUUUUUUUGUAUUGUUAUUAUUGUCUGUUACAAUUGUUCUAACGUCUUACCUUUCCAACUUCGGCAAAAUUUCCGAGAGUUCUAAAUACACAGCGCUAUGUCUAGAUGACAUAAAUGCACUUGUAGUUAACCAAAUGGUUGCUGACAGUCCGUUGGCAGAUCCAACAAAUACAUCAUGUAAUUAUUUCAAUUGUUUUAAUAUAUAUCGAUGUGGUAAUCAGGGAAACAAACUCCUAAUAUAUGUCUAUCCUUUGAGAAAUUAUGUCGAUGCCUCAAACAUACCAGUUACUAGUCAGAUGUCAAAAGAGUUCUAUCUGAUUUUACAAGCCAUUAUAAGUAGUAGGUUUUACACAUCAAACCCAUUCGAAGCAUGUAUAUUUAUACCAUCAAUAGAUACACUGAACCAAAACAGAUUAAGAAUAAAAGAGGUGUCACAAGCUCUUAAAUCACUUGAGUUCUGGAAAGAUGGGGAGAAUCAUUUAAUAUUCAACAUGGUACCUGGCAGUGUUCCGGAUUAUAAUACUCUGAUCGAUGUACCUGUUGGCAAAGCAAUGAUUGCAGGAGCUGGGUUUUCAUCAUUGACUUACCGUGAAGGAUUUGAUAUCAGUUUACCUGUCUACAGCCCUCAUAUAGCAAACUACCAGCCUCAAGUUAGUGUCAAAAGACACUGGCUGAUCAUUUCAUCACAGAUUAAUAUCAACUCUGCAUUUGAACAAGAUUUGAUUGAAGUGAAAACGAACUAUCCAAAUGAAUUGAUGAUUCUGGGACCUUGUCUACAUCAUAAUCCUAUGAACAGUUCUAUCCGAUGUAUGGGUGAAGAUGUCUACAAGUAUCCAGAAGUUUUAGAAACUGCAACAUUUUGCCUUGUUAUUCGGGGAGCACGUCUCAGUCAACCAUCUCUAUUGGAAACUAUGGCUGCUGGAUGUAUUCCUGUGAUAAUUGCAGACUCUCUGAUGAUGCCAUUUCAUGGUGUAAUAGACUGGAUAAAGGCAGCAAUAUUCGUUCGUGAAGUGGAUAUAUUGAAGGUUCCUGAAAUAUUGAAGAAUGUAUCUCAUAAAAGAGUCACAGAGCUGAGAGAACAUGGAAGUUGGCUUCAUCAACGUUAUUUCAAAUCCAUACAAGCCAUCACUGAAACAACACUUGAGAUACUAAGCGAUCGUGUCUACCCACAUCUGGCUAGGGAUUACAAUUACUGGAAUAUACCACAAUAUCCUGGAAACAUUCCGUCACUCUUUCUUCCAGUGACUGCUCCAAAGACUAGAGGUUUUACAGCUGUGAUAUUGACUUAUGACAGAUUGGAAAGUCUAUUUGUUCUCAUCACUAAGCUCGUCAAAGUGCCUAGUCUAUCAAAAGUUUUGGUCAUUUGGAACAACCAACACAAAGAUCCGCCUCAUCCAUCGAAGUGGCCGAAAAUAAGUAGGCCCUUGAAAGUUAUUCAAACCAAGGAGAAUAAGCUCUCCAAUAGAUUUUAUCCAUACGAUGAAAUAGAAACAGAAGCAAUGCUUUCGAUAGAUGAUGACAUAGUUAUGUUGACGGCAGAUGAACUGGAAUUUGGAUACGAAGUUUGGAGAGAAUUUCCUGAUCGUAUAGUGGGCUUCCCAUCACGCACGCACAUUUGGGAUAAUGCUAGCAUGUGUUGGAAAUACGAAAGUGAAUGGACAAAUCAUAUUUCAAUGGUCUUAACUGGAGCUGCCUUUCAUCACAAGUACUGGAGUUAUAUGUACACUAGAUCCAUGCCUGGUGAUAUCAAAGAAUGGGUUGAUGACCACAUGAAUUGUGAAGAUAUUGCAAUGAAUUUUCUCGUUGCUAAUAUGACUGGAAAGGCACCAAUCAAAGUCACUUCCCGAAAAAAAUUUAAAUGUCCAGAAUGCACAAACACUGAAAUGUUAUCUGCUGACUUAAGUCACAUGAUGGAGAGGUCGCAGUGCAUCAACCGGUUUUCUUCGGUGUAUGGAACAAUGCCCCUAAAGUCUGUUGAGUUUAGAGCUGAUCCAGUGUUGUAUAAGGAUGUAUUUCCAAAGAAACUUAAGCGCUUCAAUGACAUAGGAAGUUUGUAGUAUUUUUUUUAUAUUGCGAUCAUUCCGUAAAUAUGAUAAAUGGUCAUAGAUAUCAAAUUGUGACCUAAUCUAAUGUUAGAUGUAAAAAAUGUACAAUCAUUGUUGUUAAAUGUGAAUAUUAAUAGAAAUUUUUUUUCAAUCUAUGUACAUAUAUUUAACGUAGGUUUUUGCUUAUAAUGUGUAGACUAUCAUGUACAAAUUAAAUAAUGUCUCGUAGUGUGGAAACAUAAUCGAUAAGAUUAAUACACACAAACGACUCGCAAAUUCAAAUAAAUAAUAUUAAUUGAGAGGGAUUUCCUGAACACAAUUAUCACGGGCUUAUAAACAAGUCCUAGCUGAAACAAAUGUCACUUAUCAAUUAUUUGGUAUAAAAUUAUCUAGCAAAAAAUAAAAAUAAAUUUAUACAAGCUUG